GGAAGCGGGCUGCGUCACACGUCCUCUCGCAGCCCGCUAAUCGAGAUAUUCCGAGUUUCGUGCAAAUGCUAGUGUUUUUAUGGCGGUCACAUUAUUGCGAGUGUUGGUGCUGGGUGUUAUCGCGGCAGCGGCCGACGAUUUACCAGUGACAUGGGCUCCCGCGCGCACGCUACUGCCGUGCGUGGUACCCGACGGAGAGACGCUGGUGGUGCGCGGCCCGCCACUACUCCUCGACUCCGAUGACCAGAACCGUCUCAAGCCUUACGUUUGGAUUAAGGAUAACGAGGAGAUUAAGCAGUCGUUAACGAACGUGACCCUAGAGGUACUGCAGAAGAAGGAUGGCACCAGCGAGGGGGUCUACCAGUGCGGGGUGAGGCACCAUGGCCUGGUGUUGGGCUACCCCAUUAUUCUCAAGUUUGCCUUCAUCGAAAAGUACGUCUCUGUGGUUCCUGAGAACAGCACCGUGCGCGCCGGGCAGCCGUUUGUGCUCACGUGCAACAUCAGCUCGGGUCCGUCUGCCAGUAUCACGUGGCUGAAAGGAGAGGAAGUCAUAUCAGAGAACGACAGAUAUUAUUACAUCGACAAUAAGCAUCAACUACUAAUACUGAACGCGAAGGAACAAGAUGCAGGCGUAUAUUGGUGUAAAGCAACCAACCCAGUGCUAAACAAGAGUAGAAACAGUAGUCCUGCUUUGGUACAGGUGGAGAGGGAGGAAGGUCAGACGGGGCUGGCCUUUCUUCCUCUGCAGCAAGACACCACUAUCUACGUCUCGAAGGGGAGCAGAGUUGUACUCCCAUGUCCAGUAGUGGGCUGGCCCAAGCCCGAGAUUGUAUGGAAGCUGACUCCAUCGAUCGGAAGAACCGCUGAGCAAGAGACUAUAGACCAGGUGUUGGUACUGCCGAGCAUGCAGGCGGAUCUAGAGGGAGUCUUCUCGUGCUCAGUGGACGGGAAUAAUGAUUUGGUUAAGACCUACAAUGUUACGAUUACGGAGCCAGUGAACAUCACGUUGCCUCCGGCUUCAAAGCAGGUGUACCGGGCCAGCACGGUGAGAUUCAACUGCACCGCCACCGGGAAACCGGCCCCGAUCAUCACCUGGUACAAGGACGGGAAGCCUCUGGUUCUGGCCGGCAGGAAAGUUGUACUGACUUCGUUUGAAGGGAAUCGUCGAGAGCUACUCAUUAGGAGUGUUACAUCUGAUGAUGCUGGAGUGUACCAGUGCUUCGCUAGGAACGCGCUGCAGGAGCGCGGCGCGUGGGCGCGGCUGGAGGUGGCGGGCGCGGGGGCGGAGGCGCCGCGCGGGGUGCGGUGUGCGGCGGCGGGGCCCGCGCGGGUGCGCGUGUACUGGGACCUGAUGGACGCCGACGUUGUGGCCUACACCGUGCAGCGGAGCGUGUCGCAAGGUACCAUGUACCCUGGAGUGCCGCGAACUACCAACGAAGAAAUCAUCACCGUAAAUGAACCAUUGACUCCUUACAAAUUUCAGGUGACGGCUUAUAUCCUGACCAAAAACAAUAAGACCAUAGCGAGCGAUCCCUCAGAAACUGUCACCUGUCAGGGGCAGGGAGUGCCGAUCAAGAUAACGCGAGUGAACGACGAGAGGGUCGUGGUAUCCUGGCACCAGUUUGCGGAGGAGCAUCCCGGCGUGCUGCAGUGGACUCUGCAGUACAGGACCGAGGACGACAACCAGAUACAGAACGUGACUUUUGAUGGUUCAGUGCAUCAGUACAGUUUUCAAGCAUUACCGGGCACUGAGCUCCGUGUGCUGGGCUGGAAGGUCCUCGGGAUACCGGAGAACUUGUCGGAUGUGCCGUGGCAACGAGCGGAUCUGGACCGCGUACCAGAUGGGUACGUGACCGCGGUCCCGACGAACGUCCGCGUGACCUCCCUCGGGUCCCGCGACAUGAUCGUCACGUGGCGGUGCGACGAAGCUGAGAGCUCUUUGGACCUUUACACGUUUCUCGUGUGUGUCAAGGAUAUGGAAGGGAAUGAGGACUGCAUCGAAAGUAAGAGCAACACGGCGACGGUGGACAACUUGGAGCCGAACAGCGAGUACGAGGUGCGCGUGCAGGCCCGGCUGCCGGGACAGCUGGUCGGCGGCGCCUUCAGCGACCCCGUGGACAUCAGCACGCAGUCCGAAGGUAUCGAGCGCUUCCAAGAUUUGAACCAUAAAUACAUAAAUUCCACCACGAUAAGGGUAUCUUGGAGCAGCGGGUCGGAAAAAAAAUUUCUUGUACAGUACUCCAACGACCUGGAGCUGCCCGUUGACCAAUGGGCCAGCGUCGAGACUUCCGGGAAUACGAUACUGCUAACAGGAUUAAAUCUCACGAAGGAGUUGCACGUGAUGGUGACGGGCUACGAGCCAGAGGGCUUCAGGGAAAUCACGACGAUACCGAGUGAAGUCCCAGUGGUGGAAGAUCUGCACUACACCGUGGGCGAGCGCGGGGUGACGGUGCAGUGGAGGGGGCGGGGGCCGCGCGUGCUGCGCUACACGCAGAACCUCACGCAUUCGCUGGACUCCUGGGUCGAGCUCACGGUGCCGCACAACUCCGUCACGCUAACGGACUUAGACCCAAAUGUAGAGACGUACUUAGUGGUUGCUGCCCCUGGAACGGACCAGAAAUCACAAGUUGUGACCAUUCCGCCGCACCCGUCUGACUACUCCACACUCUACCUGGGGCUGGGCAUAGUGGGAGGCGUGCUGCUGCUUCUCGUGCUCGCGGUGGCUGCUAUCUGCAUCUGGAGGCACAGGAAGAGGUUCCUGACCCCUGACCGCUCUCGUCGAAGAAACGUUUCAACAACUGACGGCCAGGGCGAGAGCUGCGAGUUACAGGUAUAUGUACUUAAUGAUCGCGCAGUGAGGGAGCGGCUCGCCAACGGCGUCAAGGACGCCGGGGAGCCCCUGCUCAACGGCACCGUCCACAUCACAGAGAACCCUUCGUCGAAGAGGCCGAACGGGCGCGCGCGCAGGGGAGAGCGCCGGUACGAGGUGGCGUUCGACUUGUCGCGGCACGAGGAGAGCGCGGCGCCGCCCCCCGACCCCCCGCCCCCCACGCACACCCCCUACGACCUGUCGCGCCGCUACAACAAGCUGCCCGACGACAACAUGAACGAGCUCCCCCGCCCCGCACCCUCCUCCCCGGAAGACACCAAAGUGCAGCCCACCCUUCAGCCCAACGGCUGAGUGCCCCUGCCCCCUCCCUCGCGCGGAACUACACGAGGGGUAGGAGCACCCCCCCCCGGUCGCGUCCCUCCAGUUUGAGAUUGACAGUUUUGUAUAGGACAGGAUCUGAAGCGUCGCCCCGGACGCUGGCGAGGAUAGCUUGGCGUGUUUCGUUCCUAUAGACUUUAUUUUCGAUAAGGCUGAUAUUUCGUAAACAAUAGUACGGGUAAAAAUAAUUUAAGAGUUAUUUAACUAAACUGUAAUGAAAAAUUGUCGGUCGUUGUAACGGACAUGCCACGCGAAGUUAUUCUCGCGACACGCGCGUGGGUCGGCGUGCGGCUGUGGCUGCGGACCAACACCGCAUGCCUCAUGCCGCACAAACACUUCACAGCAUUUGUCUAAGCGUAGCCUCAGAACUGUUAAGCACGAAAAAAUAAAGUACUAAAAAAUAAUAGUGGAUACCAUUAGUGCAAAGUAAUCGUACAAAAUAUAGACCAAAAUACAAUCCGAACACAGAUAUAAAU